AUGUCCAAUGCUUCGUCAAAAGCUUGGUGGAAGGAAGCCGUCGUGUACCAGAUUUACCCAGCCAGCUUUAAGGACUCGAACGGAGACGGGUUGGGAGACAUUCCCGGCGUCAUCAGCAAGAUUUCAUAUAUCAAAUCCUUAGGAGUCGACACAAUAUGGCUUUCACCCAUCUUUGCAUCUCCACAAAACGACAUGGGCUACGACAUCUCGGACUAUCGCGCCAUCCACGCCCCAUAUGGUACAGUGGAGGACGUACAGACACUCAUCGAUCAGCUUCAUAGCAACAGCAUGAAGCUACUAAUGGACCUGGUUGUGAAUCAUACGAGUGACGAACAUGCUUGGUUCAAGGAGUCUCGCUCCUCUAGAGAUAAUCCCAAGCGCAACUGGUACUUCUGGAGAGACCCGAAGAUCGACAACGAGGGUAACAGAAAAGAGCCCAAUAACUGGAAAUCUAUUUUUGGCGGUAGUGCAUGGCACUUCGACGAGCACACUGGUCAAUACUACCUUGCGUUGUUCCUCCCGUCUCAACCUGAUCUGAACUGGGAGAAUGGUGACAUGCGUCAGGCCUCGUACGACGACAUGCGCUUCUGGCUUGACCGCGGUGUUGAUGGUUUCAGAAUCGACAGCAUGAAUCUGAUGAGCAAGCACCCCGAUCUCCCGGAUGGCAAAGUCAUCAACGACGAGCCGUAUCAGUCAGGCGCCGAAUUCUUCGCCUCGGGCCCCAAGAUGCACGACUACAUCCGCGAGAUGCGAGCUGUCUUCGACGAGUACGACACCAUGAACGUAGGCGAACUUGGUUUUACGAAGGAUGAGCUGUCCGUAAGUGAGUACGUCGCCAAGGACAGGCACGAGCUCAACAUGGUCUUCACUGGCGAUAUCGUUGACAUGGACUUUGGUGCCGAAGCCAAGUAUGGUCGAGGCAGCUUCCAUCCCCGCAAGAUCAGACAGAUCACUGAUAUGUGGCAGAGAGUGAUGCCAAAAGUCAAUGGGUGGAACAGUGUCUACCUGGACAACCAUGACAGCGGUCGCUCUCUCAGUCGUUACACUUCGGAUGCGCCAGAGCACCGUGCCACAGCAGCAAAGAUGCUUGCUACAUACCUCCUCACCCUGAGUGGAACGCCUUUCAUGCUUGCUGGACAAGAGAUUGGUAUGGCGAAUCUCGGCAAAGAGUAUGGUCCUGAAGCCUACAUCGACGUUGAAGCACGCAACUACUACGAAGCUGUACUCAAGUCAAGGGGCGGCGACCACUCGAAGAUGGGAGAUGUCAUGCGCGAAAUCCAACUCAAGGCCCGAGACCACGGAAGACUACCCAUGCAAUGGGACAACAGCGCUAAUGCAGGCUUCUCUGGGGAAUGUACACAGCCCUGGAUGACCAUCAACCGCGACUACAUCAAUUGGAAUGUCGCAAGCCAAAUCGAUGACCCCAACAGUGUGCUGGCAUACUGGCGCAAGAUGCUGGCCUUGAGAAAAGUGAACACAGACCUGCUCACGUAUGGCUCAUACACACCGUUGAGCGAAGGCGACACUGGCGAGAAGGUGCUCGGAUACGAACGUCAAUGCCACGAGACUGGCAAGACCGCUGUUGUGUUGCUCAACUUCUCAGAUCGGGAACAAAAGGUGCAAAUCAAGUCCUUUGCACAGCGGGAGUUUGAGGUCCUCAUCUCGAACCAAGAGCCCAACAUCAAGGCUCAUAACGUCACACUGAUGCCGCAUGGUGCCAUCAUUAAAGCUAGCUAUGUUACGUUGAUGCCUUACGGUGCGGUCGUGCUUGUGGACAGGAGCUAG